UUGCAGUAUUCUUUUGGCCACCGUACCUUGGGUCGGUCCUGUGUCCUCCUCAGGGCUUCUAUCGGUUUUUUUUGAAACUUUGAUAGUUACUAUUGGAGGUGCAAACACAUAUAUCGGUAUAUGCAGACACACACACACACGCACACAAAGUAAACAAGACUUUUUUUGUAAUCUACCACUUGUCUGUCGAUUGGGAAUUUCAGCAAUGGAUGGAGUGGCGCAAAUCUCAGUGAUGUGGAUGAUAUCAUUUUUCAAAGAGGCUCGAAUUCCGAUUUCCGUGUAAAUGACUGAUGCAUAAAUCCAGCUAGUCUGCGGCCGCGGGUUAACCGACGGCUAUCAGUUUGGGACAAUAUUGCUCGCGAAAUAACAAAUCGCGCUAUUUCCAAAUUGAGCAAGCGAUGAUCGAAGCAAAACCACAGAUGCUGUUGCAAAGACUGUAAGCGUAUAAUGUGGCUAGCCUUCCAGAGGGAUCGAACAGGGCUCCUUUACCAGACCCGUAGGCUCCAAAAUCUUUCCUGACUACAGUUAAAAAUCUGAUGUAACUGUACUGCUCAAGCAAAUCUGGAUGGCUCGUCCCGGGGAAAAGUGGUGUGCGACCUGGAGAGUCCUUUAAAAAUAUGAGCAGAGCGUGGAAUUUUUCAGUCACAUCGCAAGAUUGUCUCUCAACCAUGCUUAAAACUCGUAAAAAUGUUCAGAAUUGGAGAACGGAAAAUGCUGAAAGGAAAGUCUUGGUUCUUUAUAAAGACCUUUUCAGCAGCUGCACCUUGGAUCGAGAACUAGCAGCACUACGGCGAAUUUGGGAACUCCUGCUUAUCGAUUGCGUGGUGAAUCUGAAAUAUUAUGUCUUGCUCUGCUUCUAUCGUCAGUGGCUAAGGUCAACUGCCAGGAGGCUAUUGGAAGAGAACGUCACGUGAAUUGGGGUGCCAAUGUUAUUCGAUAAGGGUGUCAGGACCCUGACAGUUUGUGAAAUAAAUAUUGGGAAACUGCGAGAUGCAAAAAACGACAUACUACGACAACUGUACUCUAUUCAGUGGAUACACAUACCAGGGAGCAAAUGGCUUCAGCUAUGAAGUGGCGCAGGAACCCUAUCCACCAUCUUCUCACGUUGAAAGUGAUUUUCAGAGGUCGGCCUGUUCCCUUCAGACAGCUGGCACUAGUGUUCCACAUCCCAAAUCUAAAGACAUCAAUGGGAGCUGCAUGCGUUCGAAUCUCCCCGAGCAUCGCCAACGUCCACCUGUCUCACCCCCUCAAAACCCCAGCAGCAACUCGACACAACCAGGUACCAGCAAGACUCUGCCCAAGUCUUCCCACACGUCCACUCCCAGCCUCACCAAGCAGAUAUUCCCGUGGAUGAAAGAGUCACGGCAAAACUCCAAGCAAAAAAAUAACAACUGUCCCAGCACAGCUGAAAAUGUCAGUGGGGACAAAAGCCCGCCGGGUUCUGCCUCGAAGCGAGCGCGCACUGCCUAUACCAGCGCGCAGUUGGUGGAACUGGAGAAAGAAUUCCAUUUUAACCGUUACCUUUGCAGACCUCGCCGAGUGGAAAUGGCGAACCUGCUGAACCUCAGUGAACGACAGAUCAAGAUCUGGUUUCAGAACCGCCGAAUGAAGUACAAAAAGGAUCAAAAAACGAAAGGCAUGGUGAGUUCUUCCGGAGGACAAUCGCCCACGGGAAGCCCCCCGCUUCCCGUCCAGGCCCCUACCGGAUUUGUCAACGCCAUACAUCCGCUUGCGAACAACUCUGCCUAUGACGCCCCUUCACCGCCGCCUUUCAAUAAACCUCAUCAGAACGCUUAUGCUAUGACCACAAGUUACCAAAACCCGAUGAAAGGUUGCCCAGCUCAGCAACAGAAAAGAUAUCCUGGGACAGCUCCUGAAUACGAUCCCCAUUCGCUACAGGGGAAUGGCAAUUAUGGGACACCAAACUUGCAGGGUAGCCCUGUAUACGUUGGCGGGAACUAUGUGGAUUCUAUGUCCGCUUCGGGGCCUUCUCUCUUCGGCCUCAAUCAUCUUUCUCACCCUGCAUCUUCAAACAUGGACUACAACGGUGCUGCUCAGAUGACUCCCAAUCAGCACCAUGGACCUUGUGACCCACAUCCAACCUACACAGACCUUACAUCGCAUCAUCCUUCUCAGGGAAGAAUUCAGGAAGCCCCAAAGCUGACCCAUCUGUAGCAGGUCCAAGCAGGAGCUUUACUGAGAGAAGUAAACAACAAGUCACCCUUUCCUUUUCUCAUGAUAGGUUUUUGACCCACUCCCUUAUUGAUGUUUUUUCAAUCAUGUAUACUGACUUGUAUUAAUAUAUGUUGCUUAUGUUAUCCCUUCACAGAACUAAGCCCUCCUAUAUAGAGUAUACCAACUGCGUUCCACUGUCCCUUCACCCCACCCCCACCCUUACCAUCCUCCCCUCUCCAUUACAGUCUUUAGGAUUCAUUAAACUUUGUAAUGCAAAAUCCUAGAGGUUGUACAUUUAUUUUUUGGACUCAACGUGAAACAGGGUAAAUGAACAAAUCUUCUGUCCUUUGAAAAAAAAAGCAAAAGUGAAGACAUUUUGGGUAUUUGCUGAUGCUGAAUUUCCUUUGGACACCUGUAUUGCACUUAUUGUUUACAUUUCAAUGGGUGAAACAACUCAUAAGAGGCAAGCAACUCCAACCCGGCCUUGAAGGAAUCUUAAAACUGAGUAGCUGGUGCGUCUUUCAAUAUGUGUCUAUUCUGGUGAACAUGCAGAUAUAUUUAUUGAUUAUGCCAGGAAAAUAUUUCUUCUUUUUUGUAUUAUUUAUCCCCAACAAUACGUAUUUAUAUAAAAAAAUUAAAAUCUGUACUUUUUAGUAUUUACCUGUCGACACAGUUGUAUUCAUGUCACUGUAAACAAGUUUAUUUUAGUUAAUGUAAACUAGAACAAGAAUGUAGUUUUCUGCUACCAUUGUACCUACAAAUAAUGUAGUUAUAUUGAAGGCAUGGGAACAGAAUUGGGCAGUAAUUGUAUAGUCAUGAUUUAGAAAUAUAUAGCAAAUCCUCCUUUUCUGACACUCCUUGCCUUCUUCGUAGUUAUUUUCCUUGCUAAGAGUUGUCUGUCAAACAAUUCUGGAAUAAAUCUCCUGUUAACAGAA